ACCCGCUCCGCAAGCCGUAACGAUGCCAUAAGCCCAUAAAAGCCUCCUAAUCCCUACCGACAAGAUCGAUACUGCUCAAAGUUUUAACCAGAAUGUCUCCUAAAUCAGCAUCACCUAGCUACUUAAGCCCCCUCCAGAAAUGCCGCCAAAACCCAUCUUCGCCAAACCCAAGAAAACAGCAGCAGCAGCGUCAGUGACAAGGACCAGCAUGGAGAAGAAGAGAUCGCCAUUGCUGGCUCUCAAUAAUGCGCUGCCCAUGGUGCUCCUGCUACUGCUGUUCUUCGUUUCCGUGGCGGACGCCCAGGUGUUCUGCCGGUCCCAGUUCAACCUGGCCAACGAGGCCUGCAGCCUGAGAACUUUCCCCGGCGCGAACCCCGCGGUGCCGCCGCGCCGGCCGCUCAACGAGUCGUCCGCCGGCUACGAGCUCCAGGCGGACCACGGCCAUGGCGGCGAGCACGGCGGCGGCGGCGUCCGCGGCAGCAGCCACCACGGGCACGGGCACGGGCACCACGUUGGGGGAGCGGACCCGUACGACACGGCGUGCUGCCGGCGCCUGAUGGGCAUCGACAACGCCUGCAUCUGCCAGGCCAUGUCCUUCCUCCCGGUCUUCAUGAGCAGGGUCAAGCACGCCAUCAAGCUCACGCCCGUCCCCGGAUGCGACAUCUCCUUCGAGUGCGCCGCCGUCUACUGACGCUCCACCACCGGACAGUUUAAUGCCUUAACUGAAAAUUUGUGGUGAUCUUUGCAGCAAUUUUCCGUUUUCCUGGAGCAGCUUGGUCUGCCUGGAAAACAACAUAAGAGCAAUUCUGGGAUUCGCAUGCUUGUUAGCACGACGUAGCUCUGUUAUUUCAUACUAUCAGUGAGGAUACAUUCUGAAAGGUUUUUUACCUUAAGAUUAUGGUAAUUCUUGCAGGAGCAAUGCUGACAGCGCACAGAUCAAUGCAUCGGAAUAUAAAAUAAAAUAGGGAACGGACAUUCCACA